AUGCAUGCUGAAAACAUCUUGCUCUACAACACAGCCGCAGCAGCUUCUGCAAUUUCUGCACCAAAAUCACAGGUAGCUGAUCAGAAUAUCGAGGUAGAGGAAGAGAGCGCAGACGAGAAGAGCGAGGAGCAGGCCAACGAGAAGCCCUCCUCGCUCCCUCAUCAAACGGACCCCACCAUUUUCUACCAUGAAGCAUCGAUAUUCCAUGAUUUGUAUGGAAGAUCUACCAGUGAUCAUCGAAAUCCGAUUGGUGACGAGCCUCCGCUUGAGUUUAACCAAUCGGAACUCGACAAAAUUUCCCAUCUUUUACUACCGGAAUAUGAACGACUUUGUGACUAUCUACGCAAAAAGCGACAGCUUGAUGUAUCAGAGGGUAUCACACAGCCUGCUAGUCUCCUAAAUUGUUUCCACUGCAUACUGGAGAAGAGGAGGGAACAAUUGGUCAGUUAAAU